CAUCCAGAUUCGCUCUUUGCCCAGCAACAAGACCAUCCCGAUCAUCUGCACAUCCUCAUUCGGGGUCGAUUUCGAGGAAUUUCAAUCCUCUUGAGCCCAUUAUGGCUCCCGUUAAUGGAUCUCGCAAUGGUAAACCCUCGAAGCCUCCCCAGCGGGCCGGUAACCUGAAGCGCAAGCGUGCCCAAGAUGACUUGUCCACUCUCGUGCAAAAGGUGGAAGAACUCGAUGUCAAAGAAUCCGUCAAACAAUUUACCGAUCUACCUUUGUCCGAACCUACCGCUUCGGGUCUUUCGUCAUCCCACUACAAGACGUUGACGGACAUUCAGUCCCGUGCGAUCAGCCAUGCGCUCAAGGGUCGCGAUAUUCUCGGUGCCGCAAAGACAGGAAGCGGCAAGACGCUGGCCUUCCUGAUUCCCAUCCUGGAGAAUCUAUACCGCAAGCAGUGGUCGGAGCACGAUGGAUUGGGUGCCCUGGUUCUGUCUCCUACCCGCGAACUCGCCAUUCAGAUUUUCGAAGUCCUUCGCAAAGUUGGUCGCUAUCAUACAUUCUCCGCGGGUCUGGUGAUUGGUGGAAAGAGUCUGCGCGAGGAGCAGGAUAGAUUGGGACGGAUGAACAUCCUGGUGUGUACGCCGGGUCGUAUGCUGCAACACUUGGAUCAGACCUCCUUCUUCGAAACAAACAACCUGCAGAUGCUCGUGUUGGACGAGGCGGAUCGCAUCUUGGAUAUGGGUUUCCAGAAGACCGUGGACGCUAUCAUCGGACAUCUGCCACAGGAGCGCCAGACGUUGCUUUUCAGUGCUACUCAGACAAAGAAGGUGUCGGAUCUGGCGCGCCUGAGCUUGCAGGAUCCUGAAUACGUGGCUGUCCACGAGACGGCCUCUUCUGCGACGCCGUCUAAGCUUCAGCAACAUUACGUCGUUACACCCCUUGCGCAGAAGCUUGACGUCUUGUGGAGUUUUAUCCGGAGCAACUUGAAGUCCAAGACCAUUGUGUUCCUCUCGUCAGGCAAACAAGUGCGCUUUGUCUACGAAUCUUUCCGACACAUGCAGCCCGGUAUUCCGUUGAUGCACCUCCACGGUAGACAGAAGCAGGGUGGACGACUUGACAUUACUACCAAAUUCUCACAAGCUCAGCACGCUGUUCUUUUCGCCACUGAUGUUGCUGCGCGUGGUCUGGAUUUCCCGGCCGUCGAUUGGGUUAUUCAACUGGACUGUCCUGAAGACGCCGACACUUAUAUCCACCGUGUGGGCCGCACAGCCAGAUACGAGCGUGAUGGUCGCGCCGUGCUAUUCCUGGACCCCAGCGAGGAGAAGGGUAUGCUGAAGCGCCUUGAGCAGAAGAAGGUUCAAGUCGAGCGUAUCAAUGUCAAGGCCAACAAGCAGCAGAGUGUCAAAGACCAGCUGCAGAACAUGUGCUUCAAGGAUCCCGAGUUGAAGUAUCUCGGUCAGAAGGCCUUUAUUUCUUAUGCCAAGUCGGUCUACGUCCAGAAGGAUAAGGAGAUUUUCAACAUCAAGGAGCUGAAGCUGGACGACUUCGCGGCCAGCCUGGGUCUUCCGGGUGCGCCCCGCAUCAAGUUCAUCAAGGGUGAUGAUACCAAGGAGCGGAAGAACGCGUCGCGGGCUACGGCGCACGCGUCCAGCGAUGAUGAGUCUGAUGAAGAGGGCGGAGAGAAGAAGGCGAAGAAGGAGGAGCCACAGGUGCGGACGAAGUAUGACCGCAUGUUCGAGCGACGAAACCAGGACGUGUUGGCCGACCACUACUCUAAGCUCAUCAAUGACGACGGCACGAUGGUUGAGACGGCCCAGGCCACUGAGGAUGCUGAUGAAGACGACGACUUCCUCUCCGUCAAGCGUCGCUACGAGGCAGGAGACAAGGACCUGGAUGUUGCGGGAUCAAGCUCGGAGGAUGAAGAUGAGAAGGCUGGAUCGAAGACUGGAACUAAGGUGGUGCAACUUGAUGGCAAGGAAACACUGGUUAUCGAUUCCAAACGCCGGGAGAAGCUGCUCAAGUCGAAGAAGAAGCUCCUUAAAUUCAAGGGCAAGGGUACGAAGCUGGUCUACGAUGAUGAGGGCAACGCUCACGAGAUCUACGAGAUGGAGGACGAAGAGCAAUUCAAGGCCAAGGGUGACGCUAAGGAGCAGCGUGCUCGGUUCCUGGCGGAGGAAACGGAGCGCACACGGCAGGCGGAUGUGGAGGACAAGGAGGUUGCCAAGCAGAAGAAGCGCGAGAAGAAGGAGAAGCGCAAGGCUCGCGAGCGCGAGCUUCUUGCCAUGGAAGAAGAAGGAGGGGAUCUGGUCCAGCUUCCUUCGUACAACGACGACCGCGAUAUGGAUGGUGGGUUCUCCCCGUCCGAAGCGGAAGAGGAGGCACCCCGUCCGAGCAAGAAAGCCAGGGUUUCCUUCGCGGACGAGCAGGGCGAGAAAGAAGAACCCUGGUACAAGAAGUCCAAGAAGCCCCAAGCCCCCGAACAGAUCCAGACCUUGGAAGAUCUGGAGUCGCUGGCUGCCGGUUUGUUGGGGUGAUGAGGGUGAUGGGUGGACUGGUAGAGAAGUGUUUACGCUGUGUUUUCAAUGGAUAUAUAUACCUUUCGGCCUGAGUUUGUUUCUUUGUUCAUCAGCGGAGAGUGUCAAAAAGUUUAUGAGAAUCCGGCAGCAUUGCCAUGUAUAUAGAGCAAUUGAUCCUGUCCUUGA